GUUUCCAAACGGUUCGGUCUAUGAAGGCCAAUGGGUUGGACCAGCAAGAGAAGGCUAUGGAGUACAGACCUGGGCAGAUGGAGCAUCUUACACCGGACAGUGGGUGAAGGACAAGGCCCAGGGCAUGGGAAGAUUCCAGCAUGCUGCGGGUGACUGGUACGAAGGUAACUUCCUCGACGACAUGCAGCAUGGAUAUGGUGUAGGGAUGUAUAUUGACGGUUCCAAGUACACGGGCCAGUUUGCUUGCGACAAGCAUCAUGGAGAAGGAGUGGAGGUGUGGCCCGAUGGAAGUCGCUUCCAGGGCAGCUAUUUUCAAGGAAUGAAGCAUGGUCAGGGCUUGUACUCGUGGCCGGAUGGCUCCAAAUACGAUGGCACCUUCGAAUCCAACAACAUGAGCGGCACUGGAACUUAUGACUGGGCUGAUGGGCGCUCGUACACCGGCCAGUGGGAGAGGAACACCAUGCAUGGAAAGGGAUCCUUCACCUACGGUGAUGGCCGUAGCUACGAAGGUGAUUUCUUUGAGGAUGUCAAGCACGGGAUUGGCGUAUUCCGCUGGCCAGAUGGAAGGAGCUACAACGGUGAGUGGAGGAAUGGAAAGCGCCAUGGCCGUGGCAAGUACACUAUGUCCAACCAUCGGUCGAAGAAUGGCUUGUUUGAGGAUGGCAACUUGGUCAAGUGGGAGGCGAUGCGCACGGCCUACCGAGAAACCGCCAGACCAGCAGUCCAGUCCUGGCUGGAGAAGAGAAUUGGCCUGGCCAGCUUUGACAGAUCGUAUUACUACACCGUAGAUACCAAGCAGAAGAUGUUCUAUUCGGCGAUCACAGCUGAUUUAGAGGCGUCUCGCUUGGCAGAGGCUGGCUUCCAGGAUGUGAGGAUACGAAUCUGCAACAUCAUCAAUUUCUUUGACAUCAAAACCAAGCCCAAGGCCGCUCGAAUAAACGCUGCAGUUAUUCGCCUUCUUGAGCGAGGAGAUGUUUGGCGUGCGCAGUUGCUGCUGAGCCGUGGAGUGGCGCUAGCUUUCAAGAAGCCGCUUUCAUCCAUGCGAGUAGGCCUGGCUGGCCAUGCUGCUGUUGCGUGCCAGAGCUGUAAACGCAACAUCAUGGCCAGCUGA